AGCUAUGAGCGAGGCGGACUGGAAGCCGGGCAGGCCUGCGGGCCUCCCAACGGCCGCUCACUCUUUGCAUAUUCAUAAGACUGAGCAAGGCCGUCUGCCCUGGCCAGCCCUGAAGAUAUAAUGAAUUAUUCAUAGGGAUGUAUCUGGCCCCUCCCAGGAAAGGCUUUUUGAUUAUUCAUGAACCCUUUGGGAGUGAGAGCUGCUAGAAAAAUCCGUUGGGCUCUGGUGUGAGCUAGGCGUCGACCGGCUGAGGCUACAUUAGUUGAAAGAAUCCUGAACCAUUCCCACAAUGUCUACUCAGCUCUGUCGCGCCAUGAGAAUACAAAAGGCACCUAAGGGAACAGUUUUCCCAUCUCAAAUCACUAAUGAACACGAAUCAUUGAUAAUGGUGAAGAAACUUUUUGCUACUUCUAUCUCAUGUAUAACGUACCUAAGAGGCUUGUUUCCAGAGAGCUCUUAUGGAGAACGUCAUUUGGAUGACCUCAGUUUAAAAAUCCUCCGAGAAGACAAAAAAUGUCCUGGAUCACUGCAUAUUAUCAAGUGGAUUCAAGGUUGUUUUCAUGCCUUGGAAAAGAAAUACCUACACAUGGCAGUACUUAUACUUUAUACAAAUCCUAAGGAACCUGAGAAUGUUACUGAGAUAUACCAGUUCAAAUUCAAAUACACAAAAGCAGGAGCCACUAUGGAUUUUGACAGUAGUAAUACAAGCUUUGAAAGUGGGACAAACAGCGAAGAUAUUAAGAAAGCCAGUGUUCUACUGAUUCGAAAAUUAUACAUAUUGAUGCAAAACCUUGGACCCCUUCCUAAUGAUGUUAUACUUACUAUGAAACUUCAUUACUAUAAGGAAGUGACCCCACAUGACUACCAACCCCCUGGUUUUAAAGAAGGAGUGAACUCACAAGUCCUGCUGUUUGAAGGAGACCCCAUUAACCUGCAAGUUGGAUUGGUCUCCACUGGCUUUCAUAGCAUGAAAGUGAAAGUCACAACAGAGGCUUCCAGAAUGCCUGAUUUGGAGAAUAAUCUCUUUCUGGAGAACAGCACUACUGAAAUUGCUCAUCAGGGCCUAGACUGUGAAGAGGAGGAGGAGGAGGAAGAGGAAGAGGAGAAGAAAUGCAACAAUCAAAUGCAAAGAAUGAAUUUUGUGUACAGUCAGCAAAGUUCUGAGAGUUCCAGGAAGAAGAGGAAGGUCAGCGAACCAGUGAAAAAGAUUCAUCUCUAACAGAAAAUAAAAGCUAGAUGCUUUGUCUCAUUCAAAAUAAUUGAAUU